GAUUUCGAUCACAUCGUGUUUUAUUGCAGUGUAGGGUAUGUAAUGGUGGAAAUGUUCGGUUAAUUAAGCCGAAACUGAGCAUUCACAUAGGCAUUAACCUUCAUAAAUUAUAAAUAUGGAGGAAUAUGCCCGUGAGCCGUGCCCAUGGCGUAUUGUGGAUGACUGUGGAGGUGCAUUUACAAUGGGUGCCAUUGGAGGUGCAAUAUUCCAGGGUAUAAAGGGCUUCCGAAAUGCACCAAGUGGAAUGAACCGUCGUUUUAUCGGUAGUUUAGCGGCCAUUAAACAGCGUUCACCAAUAAUCGCAGGCAACUUUGCAAUAUGGGGAGGAAUGUUUUCAACUAUCGACUGUACCUUGGUACAUUUCCGAAGGAAAGAGGACCCUUGGAAUUCUAUAAUCAGUGGUGCAGCCACUGGCGGUAUUUUAGCAGCAAGGAAUGGGCUGCCAGCAAUGGCAGGUAGUGCUUUAAUUGGAGGUGUUCUCUUAGCGCUUAUUGAGGGUGUAGGAAUAUUGUUCACACGACUUUCUGCAGAGCAGUUCAAGCCAGCAAAUCCAGUCCUGGAAGAUCCUUCCCAGUUAGGACCACCACCACCUGGUUUCCCCCAUCAGCAACCUAAUUAUUAAUGCAUAUUGGACAAUUUUUAGUAACGAAAUUACAGACACAACUAGAUGUCAGUGCAAGGAAUGAAGUUUACAGUGUAUAUAUUUGCAGAAAUAAAGUUAUGUUCUCCAAUUUCCAUGAAUAGUGUUAAAUUUGAUGAUAUUUUUGUUUCAUUUCACUUUGCAUAACAUAUAAAGUUGUCAGUGGUAUGUUCAACAUUUUAAAUUAUGUACUGUAAAAUUAAUGUUCAAUCUGAUACCCAGCAUUUAAUUUAUACAAUUUAGCUUAAUAAAUUAUAAAAAUAUUUACAUACUCUUAAUAUAAUUGUGUAAAAUACAUCAGCCUUUUUACAUAUUCUUUCAUCCAACUUGAUAUUUAAAAUUUGUAGUUGGAGAGAUCUCAUGCUAAUAUUUCUUUGCAUAGACACUUUAAGCAUGAAAACACUGAAAGCUUAAAAAUAAACAGCAUUAUUAUUA